AUGUCAGAAAAGAAGUCAGUUCUUUUGAUCCGUCCCAAAUGCCCCCUAGUGGACACUCGCACUGUCAAUAAGAACGAGGAAAUUAUUAAAUCGUUUCCUACCCCCCUGAAAGAUAUUGUGUCGUCCCCGACUAACAUAGUCUUUCUGACGGAGAACAACGAGUUGUAUAUCACCGGGCGAGUCUUCGACCAAACACAACACGGAGUGUCUUUAUUUCCGUAUUCAGUGUGUGCGCGAAGUCGCGACUCUGAUGUUGUGAGUGUUCCGACGAGGAUAGAAGGGAUCAAUUUUGUGAUCGAUAAGGUCUCGAUGGGAUCCUUCUUCUGUAUGUUGUUAUCUAAAGGACGAUUGUAUACGUGGGGGUCCUUCUCCUUUGGGCAACUUGGUAUUCCCGAUGCCCGAAUAUUUAAUAAGCCUGAACUUGUGCCACAGCUCUCAGGCAUUCAAGACGUCUCGUGUGGAAGUUGUCACACGCUUGCUUUAAAUGUGUGGGGAGAGAUCUUCUCGUGGGGACAAGACGACUAUGGCCAGCUUGGGAGGAGUCGAAGUCAAAAGAAUGACAUCCCCACAGACAUUGAGUUCUUUAGAAAUCACGUCGUGACGAAAAUCUUCACGGGAGCGUUUUGUAGUGCUUGCAUCACGGAUGAGGGUAUGGCAUUCAUAUGGGGGAAACACUUGAAGAUGAAAGAGAUCAAAAGAACGCCAACACAACUUUCGUUCAAGAAGACACUGAAGCUGAUGUCGUCGUUCUUUGUGAUCUCUAUAGAAUUGGCAUAUAAUGACAUCUUCUUAAUACUCCAUGAUGGGACAAUGCACCGAUUUAUUGAUUUUGAUGAUUUUGAAGAGGUCGAUUUACUCUCGCGAAUUGGAGUGACACGUGCGGUCGGAGGGACGCACUUUACACUUGUUGAAACGGAUACUUCGGAUAUCUAUCAACUGAAUCCAAAAGAGGGAAAGACGGCGACGACGAAUGUGAUAUAUAAAGCAAGUGAGUUUGACAGUGAGUCGCAUGUUGGAGCGAUGUGCACGAAUGCGGGGUCAGUUUUUGUGCUAUUGGAUUACAACAAACAGUAUGGGAAGGUGAAGACUAUUGUGAUGUUCUUACGCAAAUUUAUGCGCCAGAUUGAGUGCAUAGUCUCGUAUUAUAUGGACCCAAUGGUUUCCUAUGCGAAACAACUUGAGAAUGGAAGUUAUCGACUUACGAAGUCGAGUAAUGCGAAGAAGAGAGCGUCACAGACUCCACGUGACUUAACGAAAAGCAGUGCCAUUACUAGUGAUGAUGAGGCGUAUGUCUUCUCGACGGAAGAUGUUAUGAAGAUGUUCUAUGGUAUUAAGCCGCUCACAUACUUGUUGCCCCAACUGUUGUGUGUUGCGACGAACAUUCUCAAUUUGUGGCGAGCGAAUUCGACGAUUUACCAAAUAGUCGAAAAGUUCUUGGAGCUCAACAUUUCGCGGCAAUUUGUGGACAUCUCGGUGAAGGCGGGAGAGUGUUUUGCGCUGCUCAAAAUGAUGGAAAAGAAGUCACCUGAGUUACAAGAGUGUGCGAAGAGGCAACAGGAGCUGAUUGAUCAAUUUGAUGCGGAAACGAUCUUUGAUGGGAAGACUGAUUUGCCGUCUUUAAUGUUGUUGGCAGUGAAAUUUGUUCCCCAGUUCUAUCAGUUAGUCGACGACUAUUAUAAAACACUUGACGAGAGCCAAGAAGACUAUUUGAAACUGCACCAGAUUCUUCCCAAAUUUGAGAAAUUGUUGUCCCGCGUGAACGAUUCGUUUCAUUUGGACAACAUUUUUGAUAUAGUGAACUGCUUUCCUGAUGAGAGCGGUAACGUUUCGAUUACUUCGGGAGGUGUUACGGAGUUAAUCACACGAUUAUAUAACAUGAACUUGAAUGACCCGUCAUACACUGACAUGUUCUUGAUGACUCAUAAGAAGUUCACUGAUUCGGAGACCGUGGUGUUACAAUUAGUCGACGCAUAUACUGCUGGAGUAGUUGGAGAAGAUUCGAAAGCGUGUAUCUUGUCAGUCCUGAGUCAUUGGUUUAGGAGCUAUCCGGGCGACUUUGCGAACAAAGCGGACCUUGUUGGGAUCAUUCGGAUUUUGGUGACGAAAUCGGAACAAACUGACUUGACACAAACACUGCAGGCGUCGUUGAACUCACUUGGGAUGUCAUUAGCGAAGAGGAAGAAUAGUCGAGUAUUUCUACCACUGAAUACCAGCACGAGUUUGAAGUAUACCCACUUUCUCCCAGCGAAUGUGAUGCCCCUUGCGAAGGUAUUAAACUAUUUCAAUACACUGAUCUUCUCUCGGGUGAGCUAUGAAGAACUUAUAUUGAUCAAUUGGGGGUCUCCAAAGAAUAAGGAGAAUACACCGAAUUUGCAGAAUAUGACGGAAAGGUUUAAUUGGAUUGGAGACACUGUUGUGCGAUGCUUUAAUGAAUGUCCGAAGAGCGAGAGAGUCAAAUUUAUUGAAGGAAUCAUUUUAAUGAUGAAAACAUUCCAAGGGAUGAAGGAUAUCCAUUUCUUGGUUGCGAUCACAUACUGUCUGAAAACAAUUGAUAUCGACAGCAUUAAAACAAAGAAACUGAGCUCGGAAGAUAACGCAUAUCUACUCGAAAUGGAACAACUGUGCACAUUCCAAAAGAAUUAUAAAUUUUUGAGACAAUAUAUGCAACAAUUGGAAACCCCAUAUAUCCCUUUUAUUGGUGUUGUGAGUAAAGACUUGAUGCUGGUUGAUGAGGGUAACCCAGACUUUGUCGGCGAGAACUUGAUCAAUGUGUAUAAGUGGAGGAAAAUCUAUGAACUGAUCGAACAAGUCAUCGGAGCAAAAUAUCCACAACCAAAACUCGAAUGCCCAAACGAAGAACUCCAAAUUUUGGUACAAACAAUUUACUCCUUCAAAUAA